AUGGAGAGUCUGUGGGUUGACUCUUCUAUCUCUGACACAACUACUUUUGAUGCACACUCGCCGCAGCUUCAUGAGGCUCCUAUCGUGGACUUACCCGACUGGGCAUCCUUUCCACCACUCCCCUCGCCUUAUGCUGCUACUCCUAGACGUCACGGUGGAUCUCGUUGUAUUCGCCAACAGCUGCGUAACACUCGUGCCUGUAAGCACUUCCUGAAUGGGUGUUGUUACUACGGCGCAAACUGUACCUUCGCUCAUCAUGACAAUGAGCUCUUCAAGAAGCCCAACUUGGCCAAAACUAAGCUCUGUCCUAAACUAUUCUGCGAAGACGCCGCCUGUACCUACGCACAUUCUUCAGAGGAGCUAAGACAGCCAGGCGAGUUCUCUGAUAUGGACGCCGCAAGGGUAGAUGUCGAACACGAGAAGGUCCUCGGAGAGCAACGCACUUUGUUGACAGUUAUUGGCCUCAUGUCGGAGCUCUGUGAUGAUGGUAAAGAUUCUGGUCUCCUCCCUAGCCCCGGUAGUCAGGUUAGCCUCCCGUUGCUACCAACCCCACCAAUGAGGUGCACAGGCUCUGUUGGUUCUAUAACUGGGCGAAGGAGUUCUCGACCAUCGAAGAAAGGACCACGUACUCGUAGGGGCGUUAAGAAAUCUGCUCUCUACGGCUUGGCGACUCAAAAUGAGGAACUCCGAAGACAGGUGGAAAUGAGCAAUACUGUUUUUGCUCAUGUAGUACAGAUGAUCUCGGCCCAAGCCCCUCCGGUUAACCCAGUCGUGGAAUCCACAUCACCUAUGGGUGUUGUAUUCUCUCAGCAACAGAGGGAUGAGUCAACAUCGGAUACCGCUGAUACGACUUCAGGAGUUGGUGAUAACAGUGAGAUCGACGAGGUUGAUGCAGAUGCUCUAGCUCAACUAUUGGCUACCGUAAUUGGACAGUGCUAG